CGCUAUCCAUACCGUACUCUAUCACACACUACCAAUCUAUUCCAUUCCAUUCCACUCCAUCGGUACCGGCCUCGAUCCGCACCAUGGCUACUAGCAUGGCGACACGACCGCAAAGCACGCCGCUAGCACCCGACGCGGUGGCCACGGCGUCGGGAUACAUCGCCCUCCUGCAGGAGGAAGACCCGGCCCUGAAGUCCCACGCCCUGAAGAAACUCCUGGACUGCGUCGACCACCUGUGGCACGAGGUGGCCGAGUCCCUCCCCGAUCUGGAGAGCCUCUCGGAGGACUUCGACCUGCCCCUUGAAACCCGGCGGACCGCCGCCGCCGUGGCCUCCCGGGUCUUUUUCCACCUGGAGGAGCCCUCGCAGGCCCUCCGGCUGGCCCUGGAGGCGGGGGAGACCCACUUCGACCUGCGGAACAAGCACCGAACGCCCUACGUCGAGUCCCUCGUCGCCGCCGCCCUGGACGCCUACAUCCGCGAGCGCCGCAAGCUGAUCCGCCAGCAGGAGGAAGCCUCGGACGCCACRUCCACRUCCACAAAUGCARAUGCCGAAGCCUCCGCCGACGACACGGGCAUCUCCAUAGAACAGCUCCGGGGCAUGGUCUACCGGCUGCUCGACGCCUGCUGCCAGGAGGGCCGCUGCGACCACGCCCUGGGCAUUGCCUUUGAGGCACAGGAAAGCGAAAAGCUCAGGGAGAUCCUGCAGGCCUCGGGGCCCGACGAGGGCCUCCUGAAAUACGCCCUGGACGCCUCGAUCCGCGUCGUGGCCAGCAAGUCCUUCCGCCAGGAGGCCCUGGCGGUGAUCGCCGACUGCCUCUGCCAGCUAGAGACGCCCGAGCGCAAGCGCGCCUCGGUCGACACGCUGAUCCGGGUCUACCAGCUGCUGGGCAAGCCGGACGCGGUGGCAGGGGUCCUGGCCGAUCUGCUGAAGCAGUCGCUGAAGCAGUCCAGCGAGGAGGACGCCCUUCUCUGCUACCAGCUCUGUUUCGAUCUCGUCGACACGGGGGACCAGGCCUUUGUCGCCAGCGUUGCGAGCGAGCUAGAGCCCCUGCUGGGAGAGGAACACAAGGACCGGUGGGCCUCGGUCUCGAGGGUCCUCACUGGGGGCUUCUCCUCGGAACUCGCCCUCUCCUUUCUGCACAAACAGUCCCAGGCCGACCGACUCGUCAUGGAAAACCUCAAGAAGUCCCUGGAGGAGCGCGGCAGCGGGGGCCGCUCGUCCCUGCUGCACAACGCCGCGGUCAUGACGCACGCCUAUCUCUACGCGGGGACCACCAACGACAGCUUCCUACGGGACUAUUUGGACUGGAUGAAGAAGGCUUCCAACUGGUACGUUGCGUUGCGUUGCGUUACGAUACGUUGCGUUGCGUUACGCCCGCAGGGGCAACGGAAGCGCCGGUGGAACAACCGCAGCCGCCAAUCCAUGUCCGGUUUCUCACCACUUUUCCUUGCCGCUGUUGGUUUUGUGUUGUGUUGUGUUGUGUUUUCUCACCCUCGAACUGCGCAGGGCCAAGUUCUCGGCGACGGCCUCGCUGGGAGUCAUCCACGCCGGGCACGUCACGGAGGCCAUGCAUCUGCUUCAGCCGUACCUGCCUUCCAAUCCGUCGGUGGGCGAAGACGGCACCGGGGGCAGCGCCGUAUCGGCAGAAGGGGGAUACGCCGAGGGGGGAUCGCUCUAUGCCCUGGGUCUGAUCCACGGAUCCCACUCGGGAUCCUCGGCGRAAAAACGCAAGGAAACCUCGGAYUUCAUCCGGACCCAUCUCCGCGCUUCGCACGCCAACGARGUCAUCAGCCACGGAGCCGCCCUCGGAGUGGGGUUGACCUSCAUGGGCUCUGCGGAUUUCCUCGUCGUCAACGAGUUGAAGGAGCUGCUCGACACCGAUUCCGCCGUCGCGGGAGAAGCCGCCGGAAUGGCAAUCGGCAUGGUCCUCGUGGGGACCGGAGCCGGAAACSUUCACAACUCCCUCCCYKCCGAGGGCAAAGAAGAAAUCACGGAAAUCGUGUCGGAACUCAAGAACUACGCCCGGGAAACCCAGCACGAAAAGAUCAUUCGGGGGAUUUCGAUCGGUCUCGCCCUGACCCAGUACCAGCAGGAAGAGAACGCCGACGCCCUCAUCGAGGACAUGAGAACGGACCGCGAUCCCGUACUGCGCUACGGAGCCAUGUACGCCCUUGCCCUCGCCUAUUGUGGCACCGGAUCGAACAAGGCGAUCCGCAUCCUCCUCCACACCGCGGUCAGCGACGUGAGCGACGACGUGCGCAUGGCCGCCGUCAUCGGUCUGGCCUUUGUGCUUUUCAAGACUCCCGAGCGGGUUCCCCAGCUCGUCAAGCUGCUCAUGGAGAGUUUCAACCCGCACGUGCGCUACGCCAGCUGCAUGGCGGUCGGAAUCGCCAUGGCGGGAACCGGGGACCCGGAAAGCAUCGCCAUGCUCGAGCCGAUGCUGGACGACAUGACGGACUACGUGAGGCAGGGAGCGCUGCUGGGCACCGCCAUGAUCUACAUGCAGCAGAGCGACACCAGCAACAACCGAAAGGUCAAGGCCUUUCGGGAGAAACUAUCCUCGAUCGUCAGCGAAAAACACCAGAGCACCCUCACGAAGAUGGGAGCCGUCUUGUCGAUCGGCAUCAUCGAUGCGGGGGGACGAAACUGCUCCAUAUCGCUCGGGUCGAGAAACGGCUUUACGCAGAUGACGAGUGCGGUCGGGCUGGUCCUAUGGCUCCAACACUGGCACUGGUACCCCAUGCUCCACACCUUCAGCCUCGCACUCACACCCACCUAUACGAUUGGUCUGAACAAGGACUUUAAAUUCCCCAAGAAGUUCGAGGUGGUGUGCAACUCAAAACCAAGCGUGUUUGCCUACCCGAAGAAACUCGAAGAGAAAAAGGAAGAAAAGAAGAAGCGGGUAGAAACGGUCACCCUGUCUACCACCGCCAAGGAGAAAGCCAGGCAAGCCAGAAAACGAGCCAAGGAAGAAGGGGCCGCCGACUCGAGCGACGCAAUGGACGUCGAAUCCGAAGAAAAGACACCGGACAAGACCGAAACCGAAGACUCCGACGCCAUGGAGGUCGAGAAGAAAGAGGAACCGGAAAAGAAGGGCAAGAAGAAGCGCGAACCGGAGCCGACCUCCUUUCGGGUCACGAACCCCUCGAGGGUGACCAAAGCCCAGUCCCAGUUUUGCGCCUUUGAUCUCUCCCAGCGAUACCGCCCGAUCCGGGUCGAGGAAAAGCCCUUUGGGGUCGUCAUCCUCACGGACAGCACCCCGGGGGAGGAGGAAGACCUGGGGGCCGUCAAGGCGCCCUCCCUCGAGCCGGAGGGGGAGUGUGCCCCCCCCGAGCCCUUUGAGUGGACGCCUCCCGAAGACCCCGUGGCGCCGAAAGAAGAAGAACCAAAAUCAAAAGAGGACGACACAAAGCCCUCCGCGGACUAGAACCAGCGCAAAUGAAUGCAAACAACUAAUAAAAAACAAAGUCAACA